AUGGCAGCCGCGUCGGGCAAGGAGGGCGUCAAAUGGGACGAACAGAACAUCAAGGAGACCUACCAUCCGGCCGACAAGGAUUACGGUCACAUGAAGAUUGACGAGCCAGAUACUCCCUACGCGCCCCCACUUGAGGCCCAUGAAGUACCUGAUUUUGACCUCGAUGGGGGAGAAGGUCAUGCUUUACCCAGUAUCGAUAAGGACUCGGUGGCUGCCAAUCCGAACGUGGUAGAGGAAGGCGAAUGGGCCCAUGGGGGUCGCGAGGACAUGAGCCUCAAGGAGCGCAUAGAGGAGCAUGACAAGUUUGCAGAAAAGCGCAAGGAUCACUACGACAUGAAGGCUGCCAUGAUGCGCGCACGCGCGCUCAUGGCCGAGGAAGACGAAGAAGAUGCAGAUGAAUAGUGUCCCGACAGUAGCGGUAGUUUUGGCCCUUGGUCGCCGAGCGUCCGGGACAAUACAAUGACUGAAGCCGAGACCGCUUUGCCAGGCGGCAGCAGCCACCCGGUCACUGUGCAUUCGUUGCUGCGUACGCUGCCGCCUGUGUCAUCUGGUCUGGGCUUGUCUCACUGUGUUGCAUCUUGCCAAUGACCCCAACUGCAUCGGUUCCCCCUGCUUCUUGUUGAUUCGUUUUUUGUGCCUCUGACGGAAAUAAAGCAAAUAGACUGAUAAUCGCU